AUUCAUUGCAUGUGGUUGUUGUGAUUGUGUCAUUUUGAUUUUUGGCGAUGAAGAGCGAUUGACUGAAAAUUGAAGAGAUCAUUGCAAAAUUAAAACCGGUCAAACCGUUUUUAUUGUUAGUAUUGUAGAUUAAAACGAAAGAAAAUUUUAUAAGAAAUACGAGGUCUACUACGUCGUUGGUGUACAGAACAAUCGUUUUAGGAUUUUUAAUUAACAAGUGAUAUUUUGUGUAAUGUUUGUGUACGAUAAAUAAAUAAGCCAUACUUAUCAUUAAGAAAUGGAUUGGAAGAGCGUUGUAGAGCAGUUCAAAAAAACUUGGCUGACUACAUUUCUUAGUCUGAUACUGUUCUUUGGAGUUACUUACUUUUUAAUUUGGGCGGAGAGUCAAACAAUCCAAAGUAAUCUUAUGUUAGAUGAGUUGAUGUCUCGUGUGGAGAGUAUUGAUGUACACACAGCUGAUGAUGCUGCGCGUUACGAAGGUCGAGUUGUGCACAUUAUCGGUCCUCUUCGUAUAUUAGAACCUAUCUCAGAACCUGACUACAACAUUCAAGUGCAGGCUGUUAAGUUACGGAAGAGGGUACAGAUGUAUCAGUGGAUAGAAGAGUCAACUGAUCAGCAAAACUUUUUAAGUGAACCAGGUGAUGAGACACAAAAGACUUAUUGGUAUCAUAAAGAAUGGAAGGAUUAUGUUGUAGACUCUUCAUUAUUUUAUAUAAGGCCUGGUCACGAAAAUCCUACUUCAAUGCCAAUAUUCAGUGAAACGCAUAUUGCUGAAAGUGUUAAGAUUGGGUGGUUGUACUUAAGCUUAGAUGUAAAACGUAAAGUGAAUGAUUAUUACGAGAUAUGGUCUGACUCAAGACCAGAACGCAGUGAUAUCAAGUUGCACUCUGGCUUUUAUUACCAUGGUAUAAGUGCUUUGGAACAUGAGGUUGGAGAUCUUAGGAUACAUUUCUCUUAUGCGGGACGUGAGGGUGAUAUCUAUACUGCGGUGGGUGUGGUAGAAUCUGGUUCUUUACAACCAUAUAGUCCUGUUAACUUCCCAUCAGCAGACCCAAUAUCGCUGCUCCGCAAGGGCUCGUACACUCUGAAGUUUUUACAUGACUUGGAGAAACAAGAUGCCAACAUACACACAUGGAAGUACCGUUUGGUCGGCUUCAUACAAGUAUUUGCUUCAGCUAUGACUUUACAUCCGGACUGGAUCACUUUAUUUUUGCAGUGCAAGUGGAUAUCUGGCAGCCUCCGACGCUGUUCACGGCUGUGGGUUAAUUUCGUGCUGUCUUUUUCAUAUACAUUAUUUGUAAUGUCAGUUCCUUGGUUGAUCCACAGGCCGAUGUUUGGUGCAAUGGUGAUGGUGGGCGCGGUGUUGCCCCUGCUGCACUACUCCACGCUGCUGAGCCGGCAGGAGGGUGCGAGGGAGGCGAGGUACGCACAUUGGCACGAGCGCUGACCCGUGCCUCCAGCGCCUCCUCUCACUCUCACCCUUGCGGAGAUGUUUAGCCUCUCGUUCAUGGCGCUCCUCUAUGCAGCCAUUUUAAUUGAGGAUGUUGCUAUCGAGCAGCUGUAGUGAUGUGAAAUCAGUGUCCUUAGAAAAUAACAUACCUAUUUGACAGCUGUUUUUUUGUGUUUAUUAAAAUUGUUAUCAUUAAUUUAAUGCAACAGUUACAAU